GGUGUUCGGGUCUCGCUGCAGCAGCUUCCUCUGUGGCGUCACACAUGUAGCACAACAUGGCCCCCGCCAGCCGGGCUGUUGUUGUGGUAGCGCUCUCACUGAUUUACCUGUGUCGGGCGAUCAUCUCCACCGAGUACUUCUCCACUCUCACUUUGUUCAACAAUGAGCUCCACAAGCAGGGAUGCAGCUCGCUGUCCGAGUGGGAGGACUACGCUGCCGACUGCGAGUCUUCGAUUUUACAGUUGGAAGACCCCGACUGUGAGGAGGGAAGCAACCCGCCAUGCGAGUCAGUCUUCUCACUUAAUGCAGAGAAGAUUCUGAACCAGGCCAGGUUGUUUAUAGAACAGAAAAAAAUCCCCUUCCCUGUAGAAAACCACAACACAAAUGAAGAGCUUGCUAUAGGUUAUGUUCUGAUAGGCAACGGUCUUUAUGAUGAAGCCAUCAAACACUUCUCACUCUUAUUACAGAGUGACCCAGAGCUGGUCAGUGCCAUCUAUGGGAGAGGGAUAGCUUAUGGGAAGAAAAGUCUGCAGGACAUAAAGAAUGCUGACUUGGCGUUGUACGAGCUCAACAGAGUCAUCACCCUCGAGCCGAACUGGCCAGAGGUUUACGAACAGAGAGCAGAGAUCCUGUCUCCUCUGGGUCGUAUCAGUGAGGCUCUGGGUGACCUGACCAAAGCCAUCCAGCUGCAGCCCUCAGCUCGUCUCUACAGACACAGAGGAACUCUGCUCUUCAUUUCAGAGGACUAUGUCGCAGCUAUGGAGGAUUUCCAACAGUCUUUAGAGCUCAAGAAGAAUCAGCCUAUCGCUAUGCUGUAUAAAGGCCUCACCUUCUUCCACAGAGGCAUGCUCAAAGAAGCCAUUGAGACAUUCAAAGAGGCGCUGAAGUUAAAGUCUGACUUUAUAGAUGCCUACAAGAGCCUUGGGCAGGCCUACAGAGAGUUGGGUGAUUUUGAAUCAGCCAUGGAGAGCUUCCAGAAAGCUCUCAUGUUGAACCAGAAUCACAUCCAGUCUCUCCAGCUCCGAGGCAUGAUGCUGUACCACCACGGCUCGUUGCAGGAGGCCGUAGGCAACUUCAAGAGGUGUCUACAGCUGGAGCCUUACAAUGAGGUGUGUCAGUACAUGAAGGGGCUGAGCCACGUGGCCAUGGGACAGUUCUAUGAGGGCAUCAAAGCUCAGACUAAAGUUAUGUUGAACGAUCCUCUGCUGGGACAAAAGGCCAGUUCAGAAUACCUCAAAGUGAAAUACCUCAGAGAAUACUCUCGUUACUUGCACUCCCACCUGGAUAUCCCAGUAGCAGAGUACAACGUGGACCAGGAUUUACCAGGGAACUUUAAGAACCACUGGGCCAAGAACCUGCCUUUUUUAAUAGAAGACUAUGAAGAACAGCCGGGCCUGCAGCCACAUAUCAAAGAUGUUCUGCCACAGAACUUUGACAGCUACAGCAGUGACGUUCAGAAGCUGAUCUGCAUAGCCGACCAUUUGGGGGCGCUAAUGCAAUACGACACUCCUGGUUUCUUACCUAACAGGAGAAUACACAGAGCCAUGGGUUUGGCAACCCUGGAGGUGAUGCAGGCCAUGCAUCGGACAUGGAGCAACUCCAAAGUGCGAGUCAACGGCAAGACGAGGCAAAUGCAGUGGAGAGACAUGUUUGACAUAGCUGUCAAAUGGAGAAGGAUCGCGGACCCAGACCAGCCAGUUCUGUGGUUAGACCAGAUGCCUGCCAGAAGUCUCAGUCGAGGCUUCAACAAUCACAUCAAUCUCAUCAGGGGACAGAUUAUCAACAUCAGAUAUUUGGCCUACUUUGACAACAUCCUCGACUUCAUCAAAGACAGAAUACUCGUGUACCACGGGGCGUACAACCCCAGAGGCCUCCUGGAGGUCCGCCAGGCUCUUGAAAAUGUGAAUAAAGUAGAAGAUCUGCUUCCUAUAAUGAAGCAGUUCAACAGUAAAACCAGAGAUGGCUUCACGGUUAACUCCAAGGUGCCGAGCAUGAAGGAUCUUGGGAAAGAAUACGAUGGUUUUACCAUCACCAUCACUGGAGACAGGGUGGGAAACAUGUUAUUCUCAGUAGAGACCCAGACGACAGAAGAGCGGACGCAGCAGUACCAGUCAGAGAUAGAGUCCAUCUAUAAAGACCUCACUGCCAAAGGAAAGACAUUAAUGCUGUCCACUGAGUUAGGGGAUGCGGAUGCAGUGUGUAACCUGAUACUCUCCUUGGUUUAUUACUUCUGCAACCUCAUGCCUCUUUCCAGAGGAUCCAGUGUGGUGGCCUACUCAGUGGUGAUGGGGGCGUUGAUGGCCAGUGGGAAAGAAGUCAUCGGUAGGAUCCCGAAAGGAAAGUUGGUGGAUUUUGAAGCCAUGACCACGCCCAGUCCCGACAGCUUCAGUAAAACCGCAAAGAGCUGGAUGAAUCUCAAGAGUUUGCCAGGUUGGUACCAGAGUCUUCCAUCUGUAGCAGAGACCUUCCCAUCUACCAGAACGAUGAUCGAGGCCCUCAAUACAGACUCCUCUUCACAUUGUCCGAAGAAGUCUUAACAUAACUUCCACACCGCAGAGAAGUCUAUCUGAUGAAAGUCUUAAUAAUAGAGCUUCUACACUGGGCAAAACAAAGGGACUGUCUUCUUCUACAACCCAAACAACACUGAAUUGAGAUCUUCUAAAACAUCUUGCCACAAAUUUUUUGAAAUUUUAAUACUGAAUUAGUGACUCUUUUGCACUUUGGGAAGCAGGUAGUGUCUGUUUUCUUUGAUCCCAGAUGGAAAUGAAAGGAUAUUAAUGCACAUUCAAGACAUUAUUUUCUUGUAUGAAGUGCUGAUAUUUAUUUGGUUUACCAAAAGCCACCAUUUAUCUUACUUUAGUGUCCAAAUGCUGCUUCUUCAUGUGCUCUGUCAUCUCCCUUUAAACACCCUCACACAUCACGAUUGCAGCCAUCUGUAAAAAAUUAAUUUCUCCCAUUGUUUAUACUGGAGGCUACUGUUGUCUGAGCGCUAUAAUUUGGCCUUGUACACGAAGCAAUUAUGGUUAAUGUACCUGAGAACCACAGCCGAUUACUAGAGGAGCAAAAGACACAGAGAAAGGUCAAGUUACUGUCUGUACAUUAACCUGUGUAGUGGUUGAAGCACCGGAUAAAUGCUGCUGUCAUUUAUCAGCCAGUUACAAACAGGAGGAUACGGGGUUCAACGGCAGCCUGACAUUUCAAUUCUCCUGUAAAAACAUCUUGAGCCCAGAGAAUAAUUAUUUAUUGAAGUAAAAUGCAAGUGCAUACGGCAGCACAGUCUUUGUUUAGUUUCCACACUCCAGCUGUUUGGGGAGAUGACAGAGGACAGUGAAAGCAGGGUGUCAUCGGUUGUUUGGGAUGCAGAAGUGACUCUGUCCACCUUCGCUCUUUCUCUGCUUUAUAGGCCUCAAGUUGAAAACACCUAAAGCACAAAACCCAUCUGUCCACCCAUCAGCACGAACAAUCUUAUGUUGCACAGUCAUGCCUAAAAUCUCUAGCUUUAGAUUAUGUAGAAUGUGAAAUAGCGUGUUCUAAGAGACACCGUCUGGUAUCGAAACAGCUUUUAUUUAAAGAUCACAAUUGGCACUUUAAACUGUUCUUUGAACCACUGCUGUGCACACACACAUUCUCGCCUAUCAGCAGAGAAAUAGUCUGGGGGAUCAUUCAGAUAUGGAACAAAACCUUCAGGGCUAUUGAAUUCCACUUGGGAUACUUGAAGCAGUCUCUUUUAUUUAGUUUUGUUGUUUCUUUUAUCGGGUUUAAAACCCUGCAUUCUUUUAAUGUGACCAAUAAUUCGUUGGUAUAAAAAUGGGUUGAUUGCUGAACUAACACAACAGUCAGAGGUGUUAGAGAACUAUCAUGGAGAUUGUAUGCUGCUGUUUGCAUCGUAAAGUUUCAGUGUUGCGCCAAAAAGAUUACAAUUCUACAAUUUCAUUUAGCAGACGCUUUUGUCCAAAGCGGCGUACAACACAAGCAAGAAUUCAGACAUAAGGAAAAACCUUUAGUAAGUGCAAAAAGUGCUUCAAGUGCGAUUGGUCAAAGGUGUUGCCAUCAAGUUGCAGAAGAAUUGCCCCCCCCCCGCUCUUUUUUUCUCAACUUUGUCAGUGCUAAAUAAGUGCUGGGUUUUGGACCACCUCACUUAUUCCAAACCUAAGGUGGAGUCGGAUUAAGAUUAGCCGUUUAGUUUGUUAUAAUUUUCGCACUUUUAGACCUUUUUAAAUUGAAUUUAUAGUAAAUAUACAUUUGGACUUUUUUGGAAAAUUGAGAAAUUUUCUUUGAUGUUUUAAAGUUUUAAUAGUUUUUUCUUUCUCCUUACAGAUUCUUUCAAGUUGACAGUAAAAAAAAAAAAAAUCAAAGAAACAUUCAAAUAAUGAAUGCAAAAUGAAUAUUCUUGUGGAGCUAUUUUGGAGAAAGUGAAAAUGUUCUUGUAGUUUCAAAAAAUAAUUGAUAGACGGAGGUGGAAAAUAAGCUGCAUUCAGUUUUCUAUCCAAAAAUCCCUGAGGCGGUACAAAUGUUAAAGGUUAUUUCAUUAACUUUUUUUUUUUUUGGUAAAAAUCCAUAGUUUCUCUCAGAAGAAGCUACAAAUUCAAACUCAUGAUUGUCCUCCAACAUCUCUGACUGUUGGGUCUUCGAGGAUUAUUUACAGACGGGAGGAAAAGCACACCACAUACUCUCAUUUCCUUAGCUAUCAUUCCUUAAGCUUGCAAUGGAAGCCUCACAUUUGUUUUGGAAUAGAUAUUAUCUCAUAGAAUAGAUUUGCUUGUACGAGUUGAUCUUUAUGGUGCCUCAGAGCAAUAUUUUGGGACAGAAGAGCUCAUGUCUCUCCAGAUGUCCUCGUUAUGUAAUAGUGUGCGUACUCUAACCAGGUCUUAACAUGAAUCAUUCGCUAUAAAUUUUGUUUUGUUUGAGAAAAUAUUGCUGUAAAUUUGUUACCAUUUGAUUUCAGAGUUUGACAACUGGUUACACAACAUGAAUAUUAGUUGACAUUUUCAUGGAUACCAAACGUUCUCCGAUACAAAUCAUAAAGCUGGCGAUGUCAUGUUUUCCAGAACUCAAUUUGGUUUUCUGCAAAAGGAGCUUUUUGAUUAGUUUGAAUUGGGUGUGAUGUUUACAUGCAGCAGCCUGGAGUAACAAAAUGCUCUGAUAAUUAGGCUGUAGUGUUGUGUAAGCAGCAGCUGCCUGAGGUUUUUAUUGACUCAUCAAUGCGGUGUUCAAGCACAAGGAGGAUGAAAGGCCAGCGAUAAAUAACCUGGCUUGAUGUGAAAGUGUUUUAGAGGCCUUUAAUACUUACUGUAUCAUCUUGUUUUGUCAAUCCUGCAAUAGUCCGUCAUUGAAUGCCUUGUUUCCUAAUUUUGUCAAUCAGUUCGAUCAUUUCUACAAAGUAAGAACAAACCGAUGUCUUCAGUAUCCCAUCUAAUUUAUUUCCUGCUUUAAAGCUGGGUCCCUCACAUCUUUGCUUUGGGUCGCCUUUUUUUCAUAUCAGUGAGGAUGUUGACUCGUUUUCUUCUCAGUCCCGGUCAUUAAGUGCUGCGAUGGGCUUUGGAGCGAGGAGUGCACAACCUGUCUUACAUCUUAAAACUUGAAGGAGGGGAUUUUUUUAAGUGAAUGAAUGUUCAGCAGUCAAUAAAACUGGUUAACAAUUUUAA